UUUGGUUUCUCAGCAGCGCGGGCUCCCGCCCGACCUUCAGCCCGGCCCACAUUCGCGCCCUGGACUUCCAACGUGGCGACAUGGUCUGCGGGCUCUAUCGCGUGGCAGAGCGUCGCCCGACCAGCGUUGAAUUUGAGAUCAGCCAGCAAGGUGGAGAGGUGGAAGGACGGCUGCUGCUGCGGUUCUGGGACGAUGCCAAAGACGUCGUCUUCGCAAGCGAAUGCGCCCUGUGGACGACCAAGGCGGACGGAUCCUCACUGCAGGAGAAGAUGCCUUUGAGAAAUCCCGUCUGGCGCUUCUUUCACGAGCUGGCCUCCUGGUGGCUCCUGGACUCCGGGGUUCGGUACCUGGUCGACUUGUCAAUGGACGAGGACUAACGUUCCUGACGAAGAUCUUCUUUGGUUUCCCCUUUCACGACUAUCUCGAUUGCUGGAAGACAACUGGAAGAUUUUCUUUGCACUUUCAAAAGGGAAUAAAGGAUUCAGGGGUGAUAAUGGCGACUUUCAUAAUGGCUUUCUUGCACAAAGAAA